UAAUAACACUAAUUGCUCAAUAAGUUGAUAUUUGGCGACAGUUAUGUGUUUAAUAAAGACGUUUAUUCAUUAUAUUUGCCUGUGUUUUAGGGGGCGCUGCUGUGUGAGCGCUCCUCAAUUUAUGCGACGAGGAAACGAAGAAGACGUAACAACAUGGCGGCCCGCGCACGGGUGCCCUUUCGCUUCCCUGUAAACUUGCUUAUAAACCAGAAGCUUGUACACACCGAGGCUGCGGCGACAGUGGUCAAGAAGGCUGUCUACCCGCCCAUCAAGCCGUCUCUCACGGCCAAAAGCAAAUCGGCUCGAGCGCGUCAAGUCGAGGAGCAAGUCGAGCGGAUAAAAGCGUCACCCGUGCAGGAUAAACUGCGGUCACUCACUCGCAUAGAGCGCAAAAAGUACGUCGUCUACCCGCAGACGUUCGCGCGAAACGCGGAUAAAUGGUACCAGCACUUCACCAAAACCGCAUACAUCCCCGGCUUGCCGGAGGAACUCACCCCAGCUCGGCCUCAUGUUGCCGUGGAGGAGAAUUCCCCCGCCACUGAAGCAGACAACCUCGGCAUUAGUGAUGAGGCGUUCAAGGACAUCCGUUCAUUGGUAACGCGCGUGAUUCUGCACGAGCACUGGCACACGAUCAAAGGAAAGACGUUCAUGUCCAGACGACAGGAGCUCGUCGAGGGACCCUUCCUGAGAAACCUGGUCAAAUCGUUAACAUACGCCUUGGCCAAAUACAGCCCGCUGCUCCUCUACUCCAGCCUGGAUGUGAAUCCCCAAGUUGGUUUCUACUGGAGGAGAGGGGAGAGGAUUGUUCCGAGGGGCCACAGAAAGGGGAGCCUGGAGCCCAUCAGGUUCCAGAUAGACGACCGGCCGCUCUGUCAGAUUCGAAUAACGCAGCAGCUCCCUCAGUUGGUCCCGAUGGAAGCUUCUUAUGACGCCGACGUUCCUGAAGUUCCGUACUCUCCCGACUGUCUGCCGCUGUUCAAGAGGCAGUACACCAACACCAUCUUCACAGGUUCCAAGGUGCCGGACCCAGCGUGCUACGGGCACACGCAGUUUCACCUUGUGCCCGACCGCUACCACAGGGAUCGCAUGGCCCACCGCCAGCAGUCGGACCAGGUGGAGGUGUUCCUCAGGGCCCACGCCAUGGCUAGCCUGUUUGCGUGGACCGCUGCGCAGGCCUCCUAUCAAGGUUUCUGGAAUCACGAGGACGUGAGCAGAGCGUUCGUGUCGCAGGCGGUGAUCAGCGACGGCCACUUUUUCUCCUUCUUCUGCUACCAGCUCAACACGCUAGCCUUGUCCACACAGACGGACAGGGGAAACGCCCGCAAGAACCUGCUGUGGGGCAGCGAGUCUGUGCGCCUCUACGACGGCGUGGAGGACGGGCACGUGGUCGGCCUGAAUGACCACGCGCUGCGACUACUGGUGCGAUUCCUCCUCCAUCAGCCCCGGCAGGAUGUCCUGGAUGUCUAAACGUGAAAAUGCAAAAAAGAUUGUACCAAAACAAAAUCUAGUAUUUAUGGAUGAAUAAAAGUAGAUUGCUUGCCCAUUA